AUGGGAAACUGGAUUACAUCCUCUGCAUCACACGGCAGCACAGUUGCUGGUAAAUCGCCACAAAUAAAAGAAAUAUCUUGGGGUAAGGUUGAUAUCGAUAGUAUUGGUGAAGUGUUAGGAAAAAAUGUCCAACUUUAUCCAGGAGGUGCUUCCAAGUGGGAUUGGAAAGAAUCCAACACUUCCCAUGAGCUUGGCAUUCAGUUAGCUGAUGUACAACGUCUAAUUGAUAAUAAACUGUGCGAUGUUCUUGUAUUAUCACGAGGCAUGGAAGAACAAUUACAAAUAUCUGAAGGAGUUUAUGAUUAUUUCAGAACAAACGGAAUGAAAUUGAAUGAACAUUAUUAUAUUGAACAAACAGAAAAGGCAGUGGAAAUUUAUAAUCAACUGAGUAAACGACAACGACGUGUUGGUGCACUUAUACAUUCCACAUGCUAA